AUGUCCUUAGAUUUCAGCACUCUUGCUCAACAAUUUACACAAUUCUACUACAAUCAAUUUGACACCGACAGAAGUCAAUUGGGUAAUCUGUACAGGGAUGAGUCCAUGUUGACUUUUGAAACCAGUCAACUACAAGGUACCAAGAACAUUGUGGAAAAACUAGUCUCAUUACCAUUCCAAAAAGUUGGUCACAGAAUAACUACACUAGAUGCUCAACCAGCAUCGCCCAAUGGUGACGUUUUAGUCAUGAUAACUGGUGACUUACUCAUUGAUGAAGAGCAGAAUCCACAGAGAUUCUCUCAAGUCUUCCAUUUGAUCCCUGACGGAAGCUCAUACUAUGUUUUCAACGAUAUCUUCCGUUUGAACUACUCUGCCUAA